GAAGAUAUGGCGACUAGCGAACCAGUUAGUACAGCUGUAGAGAAGAUCAAGAGGCAUCGCAUUGAGUGCAGCAUCUGCCACGAAAGAUAUCAACAGCCCAAGAUAUUAGAAUGCCUGCAUAGCUUCUGUGGGCACUGUCUGCUGAAAUACUACAGCACGAAGCAUCAGGGUUCUACAACAUUUUCUUGCCCUGUGUGCCUACAGGAGACGAAACUUCUAGAGGCGGGAGUGCAGGGUCUGCAAACCAACUUUCAUCUGAUUGGUCUGGUUGAGGAGCUUGCACUUCAGGAAAAGAUAGUGGGAUCGGCUGAUAUUGGUCUUCUGUGUGAUAUUUGUGAAGGGGGCAAGGAGGCAACGCAGCGAUGUCUGGACUGUGGUCAGAAUUCGUGCUCAGUCUGCAGUAAAAUACAUCUUCGGUUCGCUUCCUCAUCAAACCACCAGGUUGCUCCAUUGGAUGACAUUCGUGAGGGGAAAGUUACACUGGUGAAGAACCAUAAGAGACAACACCCGAAAUGUCCGACCCAUGAGGGGGAAGUGGCACGGUUCUUUUGUACCACUUGUAAAAUGCUGAUCUGCCGAGAUUGUGCUGUCGUAAACCAUUGCAAACCAGAACACUCAUAUGUUGAGACAGAUGAGGCCACAUCCGUUUUCAAGCAGUCAUUUGCUGAACUGUUUACUCCACUUGAAAACAGUAUGAUGGAACUCCAGAAAGCACGGGAGAAUGUCUCAAGAAUGAAAGAACAUUUGGGUGUCACAGCUAGGAGAAUCACGACAGAAGUGAAAGACAGAGCAGAUGAGAUACGAGCAGAGGUAACGGCUCAAGAAAAUCGCAUCCUCGACGCCAUCCAAAAUAUCCAAACAGAUCGUGAACAAAAACUGGACGAAUGUGAGAAAACUAUGGGCUUGGCGGAGGAGCGAAUUCGGUACUCCUUAGACACAGCCAGAGAGGUGGCAGGGACUGCAUCGGGUAGUGACUUCCUCUCACUUCAACCCACAAUCAGCAAAGGCUUGAAAAUAUUAGCCGGGCAGAAAACUCCCAGAGUUGACGACAGGCUUGUGUUUCUGACAUUUGAAAAGAAUGAGGUGGUUGGCGACAUAAAUCUGGGUAGGCUGGUGGUAGGAGGCAAGUGGGAAUUGUGUCGUGAGUUUGGUAGAAAGGGACGCGGCCCAAAAGAGUUCAAUGUGGCUUGGGGCAUUGCUGCUCGUCAUCCUGAUGAGAUUGCAGUGACUGACUACCACAACAAACGAGUAGUGGUCAGCAGCAUCGAUGGCAACCAGAAGACCACGAUAAAAUUGCAAGGAUAUCCACGCGGCAUCGCAGCUACACGCACCGACAAUCGCUUGGUCGUUGUUGAGGAACGUGCAUCUAAUGUGAAGGUAUUCAAUAGCGACAACACGCUGGCAUUCGAGUUUCCGACGGUACUGCCGAAUGAGGCCGGUAAGCCCAUUGUGAACCUCCAGAGUGUGGCAAUCAAAAAUGAUGGUGCCAUUGUAGUGGGUGAUGUCAGGAGAAAUGUGUUGACUGAGCACAGUCCCUCUGAUGGUCAGCUCCUACGUACCAUAAGAACCAGGAUUAAACCUUACUUUCUAGCUGUUGACAGUAGGGAUCGAUUUGUAAGUAGUGAAUUAUCACAGGUAGUGCAUGUUGCUAAUGACAAUGGUACUACAAACUGCAGCAUAAAACCAACCAUCAAUGGUAAACAGGUAAAGCAAUGCAACGGCAUUUACACCGAUAACUCAGGUUUCUAUGUUUCAAUGUUCAAUGGUAUCAAUGACGGUCAUAUCCACCACUAUGACCAUCAAGGUGGCUUCAUCAAGUGCAUCGCACAGGCUCUGCACUCGCCCUGGGGAAUUGCAUUAACAUCAAAUGGGCAACUGGCAGUGGCUGACCAGUUCUCAGUUAAGAUAUAUCACCAGGUGUAAGGGUACAUUGUAUAUCGAGCAUGAUAUCUUCAACAAUCAUGUCGUGAUUUUCAAUCCAAUGAAAGUCAUGAAAUACUGAUUAAACAUGUAACAAAGAUUACAUACAGAUUUAAAUGGCGCCCCUAUUUUGUAAGGAAGUUCUGCAUGAUGCAAUUGACAGCCCAAUUAAUAAGCCAAAUAAAUAAGCUUUCUUUUAGCACAAGAUUUAUUCAAAUCACUUAUGCACCUUUCGAGUAACGGAAUUUGAACACAAUCACACUUUUAAAAUUUUGUCCACGGAUAAUAUUUAAGGUACGCGAUAUUUCAGUAAAACGAAACCUUGUAGUAUAAUGGAAACCAUUUCAGAAUAAUCACUUAAGUCUCUGGGUAGCCAGGUGGAAGGCAGGGGAAUACUAUAAACUCUUGACAAUAAAGCAUGUUGUUUUAGCAUUGGAAGCAGAGGGUGUUUAAAUAAAGGUUACAUUUUUGAUAUGUGAAACUGUUUACGUUUCGCUGAAAUAUCACUUACCUUUACUGUGAUCCGUGGACAAAACUAUAAAACUGUGUUUGUGAUUUAAAGUCCAUAACUUGAAGAGUACCCGAGCAAUAUGAUAUGAUGUAUUCUUUUACUUAAAGAAACUAAUUAAUUGGGCUUUUAAAUUAUAGAUGAUGAACGCGCUACAUGUAAUACAUAUUUUGUUUUUUAAAUAGGGGGCACCAUUUGGGUUUCCUUUUUUUUUUAACUCACCCUGUAUACAUGUGUUUUAGCUCAAAAUACGGCAUAAGAUUAUUACUGGUAAUAGUUUGAAUUGCUUAUCAAUGGACUUUACGACAGCAACUGUAGUUUGUUCCCACGUCCAGUCUGAAUUCCUUUCAACUGUGGGAUCUUAUUCGAUUAAAUCUACUUAAGCGAAAAACAAAAGUACGGUAUGAGAGAGGAAUGAAUGUGAAGAGCAUCGUACUACAGGGUGUCCAAAAAAAUUGGUGAUUUGAAUCCCCAGCGCAGUUGGCAAAUGGAG